AAAACUUUCUUCGCGACUUUUCCCCGCGUAAACAAAAUUUGCGCCAGCGCGCCCUUUAUCCUUUAACCAUUGAUGACACCUCGAUUUGAAUUCAUUUUCUCGUGUUUUGUGAUGAAGCAAAAUUAUUGAAGUCCAUGGACUGUCAUCCACAGUGUUGAGAUGUAAGCGACGUCGAGUGAGAGGGUAACUACGCCUAUGGAUUUAGUAAUAAAAAGUCGGUAAAGUUUCUGAUUAAUUUAAGUGAAAAAUGUUACAUGUUGCUGUUUGUUCUACAAAAUGCUGAUUGAUAUUUUUCCCGAUUACAGUUUACAUGGUUCUUUCUUACAAACACAACGUUGUAAGGAUAAUAGUUUUUCAUCAAUGAAGCUAUUAAAAAAUAAACAAGAUGAAUUGCUUAAAUGCAUGUGGAGGCCACAUUAUUUCCCAUGAAUUUUGUAAAGAUUCUUCACGCAUCCUUUUGUUGGCCAUAUUAAUAGGUAUUUGUUUUCUAGUUGCAUAAAUUGUAACAUAACAGAUAAGAAUAGUUCUAAAAAUAAUAAUGGUGUUCAUGAAAUAGUGGACCAACAAGCCUUUGUGCUGUGCGCGGGCGCUGCGCUAUGCUUCCGGGCGCCCCAUCUGCGCCCGCGCAGCUUUCACUUUCUCCGCAAACGCCGUUCGCAUCUCGCUCGCCCGUUGCGACCCGUGCCGACACCACGCUUCCUACAUUUUCCACUUCUAUUCCGGAUAGUUAUAUAAAAUUACCUUUAUAACAUACCUACAUGUCUUUGGUAGACUGUCAACAGUGAAUCAAUUUUAAAUUGAAAGUGAACUAAGGUUCUACGGGGAUAUACAGACUUUUGUCUUAAUAAUCUAAACUGUUUAUCAUUUGCACAAUUGACAAAAUGAGAUUUUCUAUUUGGCUGGGACCGUAGUGUUCAUAUUGUGACGCAACCGGCUAAUCUAGUCGGCGGCGUCGGGAAGUGCAGUGUCGCGUCCCCGCGCCGCCGCGCUCCGCGCCUCUAGCUGCUGCACGGCGAGUCGGCCGCCGACACGAGCACGUCGUCGCCGGACCCAGGCCCGCCGUCUCCGCGCAUGGCAGAGGCGGGCUGCAACACGCCGCCGCACCCGCCGCCCGUAUUCGACGGCGGCGGAUCGCCAUCGCCGUCACCGGCCUGCCACCCCACCGUCAUCCGUUCUGCGCCGCCCUACUCCGUCAUUAAGUUCGAGGGUGCACCUGCUCCAAUCAAGUCGGAAAACUCUCCCGCAAGUUGUAAAAAUGAUGCUACAUCACCUUCUCAAAUAUCCUCCGUGAAAGUCGAAGGAGCGCCUCCUGAACCUCCUCAGCCGUACAGGCCGCGUCCUAUCGCCCCACCCCCGCCAGGAUCGCAUUCAUCACUAUCGCCAGGGCCCUGGCCACCUACCGCCUGUAUCAAUGGCGUUAAGCCGGAGCUUAUCGGUGGGCAUUUCCCACCGCAACCACUUGAAUCUAAAACUGGCGCCAGAGGGUCCACCCAAUGGCGAGGAGCACCUGCUGUUAUCAUGGGUGAAUCGGGUGGAGUUAGAACGAUGUUUUGGACUUUGCCGGCGCCCAAUCCUGGUGGAGAACCGGCAGCCAGCGCGUCACACACACCAACUCCGCCUACCCCAGAUCCGGCUACCUGUAGUGAGGAAUCCGCAGCGAGAUUACUUCUGAAUCUAGGUGGGGAGCUUCGGCGGCCACGAGGUCCUCCUCUGAAUAUGGAGUUGCUGUGGGCUGGGGAUGUUUCGCAACUACCAGCGCAACAACAGCUUCACGCUCUGAACCUUACUCAAGCGGCAGGCGUAUCAGGAGCAGUGGGUGUUGCGGGUGCCAGUUCGCUGGCUCUGCCGAGGCCGGAGCUGCGGACAUAUGCUCCUGAAGCUGAUCGCGACGAGGAUGACCAACCUAUGAUCUGCAUGAUCUGUGAAGACAAAGCCACGGGACUUCAUUAUGGCAUUAUAACAUGUGAAGGUUGCAAAGGUUUCUUUAAACGGACUGUACAAAACCGUAGAGUGUACACGUGUGUCGCUGACGGUGGCUGUGAAAUUACGAAAGCGCAACGGAAUAGAUGCCAGUAUUGCCGGUUCAAGAAAUGUAUAGAGCAGGGCAUGGUUUUACAAGCUGUUCGAGAAGACCGAAUGCCAGGCGGACGCAACAGUGGUGCAGUCUACAACCUGUAUAAGGUGAAAUACAAGAAGCACAAAAAAGCAAAUAAGGCAGCAACCACGACCAGUCGAGCGUCACCACCUGAGAAACCUAAAGAUCCAUUACCACCUCUACCACAACACCUUGUCAAUGGAACCAUCUUAAAAACUGCACUCACAAAUCCAAGCGAGGUUGUCCAUCUUAGAGCACGGUUAGAAAGCGCAGUCUCGUCAUCUCGAGAUCGAGCGAUACCUCUUGAAAGGGCCUUACACAUGAUCAGAGCGCUGAUCGACUGUGACGCUAUGGAAGACAUCGCGACAGUACGCCAUUUACCGGAUUUGCUCCACGACACGUCGGAGAUCGGAGACAAGCUUUGCAAGAUCGGUGACUCCAUAGUACAUAAAAUGGUUGCUUGGACAAAGAAAUUGCCCUUCAUUAUGGAAAUUCCUAUGGAAAUACAUUCGAAAUUGUUAAUGGAAAAGUGGCAUGAGAUCUCAGUACUGACGACGGCGGCGUACCAAGCAAUGCAUGGAAAGCACGCGCACGCGCCUCCUUCUUCAGAUCAUGAACACGACUUUAUGCAAGAGGUCAAUGCAAACCUGCGGACGCUGCAGAGCUGCCUAACCUCCCUGAUGGGGCGACCAAUCACACUGGAGCAACUGCGGCUAGACGUGGGAUUGGUGGUUGAGAAGAUGACACAGAUAACCUGCGUAUUCCGCCGAAUCCAGCUCCGUAUGGAGGAAUAUGUGUGUCUGAAGGUCUACAUACUGCUGAAUCAAGAGGUAGAGCUAGAGAGCAUCCAGGAGCGAUAUGUGCAAGUGCUCAGGAGCUACCUGGAGCACGCCGCCCCCCACCACCCCGGUCGCUUGCAAGAGCUCUUCGCCAGGAUCCCAGAGAUACAAGCAGCCGCAAAUCUGCUAUUAGAGAGCAAGAUGUUCUAUGUACCUUUCGUGCUGAAUUCAGCGGAAAUCAGAUAGUAUAUGGCACAGCAGGGCGUUUAGUUCUCGAUGUACGAGAGGCGGACACCUCGCCCACGUUCGCAUCUCACCCUCGUCUCGUCGUGAGAGCCGGGGCUUAAGUCUGCGCCCGCGCCUUUGACAUGCCUCAUGUUCCUACUGCUGCAGCCGUAGCCGACCCGCGGACCAUAUCAGGCCGCCGGCUGGCGCGAGCGCACCCGAUCUCUGCCUCUGAACAUCUUUACCAGUGCAUGUUACUUGAUGUUACUACUCCGCCGCAGUGACAUAGUGCGAGGACAGUGCGGUACUUUAUACCUUUGUUGAGUCGAUGUGUGUAUUGGUUUAUUGUUUAAUAGAGGAAAUAAAACGUCCCAAUUGACAGACUGAUUUAUUAAUAAAUAG